AUUGAGAGACAGGCUCUGAAAAGUUCAAUAUCAUAAGCCAAAAAAACUUCCUUUCUGGGCAGGUUCAAUUCGUUUAGCAGAGGGCGUCGCCUUGCAAACCGACAGUGAUGAUUGCUUUCACCAAUAAACAUGGAGUGACAGCUGCAUUUUGCAUGGGUUUUAUUGAUCAAUAUCGAGAUAGAUAUAUACAUUGUACAUGAUGCAUCAACAGCAUACAUGAUGGACCUCACAGAACAGACGACGCGUAGUCAUGGUGCGUGACGGCUUCGGACGGGCUUAUUGGUUUUUAAACAGAGGCCAUUGAAAUAGGCUCCGAUCCGCUGUACAUCUCUGGCGGAGGGACGGGCUUGCCGAUCUAAAGGGACGGACGUAUCUACUCUGGCAUGUCAGGUCACGGCAAAGCCCAGUAGUGAGGCGACAUGAAGCUGAUAGAGGAUGAAAACAGUACUCCUGAAAGAGGGCGCUGUCAACCUCACUGGGGCUGGAUGGUGGUGUUGGCGUCCUUCGUUGGCAUUUUCCUCUCCCUCGGGAUUAACUACUCCUCAGGAUUGUACUAUGUUCAAUGGAAGGAACAUUUCGGCGCCAGUAGUGCUUUGACGUCUUGGAUUGGGUCAUUGCAGAUUGGAGUGCUGUGCUUCCCAGGUCCACUAGGGAGUUACCUAAGUGAGCGUUUUGGAUACAGAAAGAUGGUCAUCAUCUCUGGUUUGAUAUCAUCUGCUGGCUUGGUGGCAUCAGCUUAUGUCAACAAUAUCUAUGCGAUGAUGGUGACAUAUGGGGCUGUGACAGGUUUUGGCUUUUGCAUCUUGUUUGCCAGCAUGGCAACAGCCACAAUGCAUUUCUUCCCACCUCAGAGUGCUGGUCUUGCCGUCGGAAUUGCUGUCAGUGGUGGAGGAUGUGGUUCAUUUCUUAUGCCUAUACUCAUGGAAUAUCUUAUAAUGCGCUACGGCUGGGAGGGAUCAUUACUCAUUCUCGGAGGCCUAGUGCUCAAUGUAUGUGCCUGUGGUGCUCUUUUACGAACACCACCAACGAAAAGAAAAAACGACAAAAAGAAAAAAACUAACUUCAAACUCCUCAAAAACUGGAAUCUAUCAUUAUUUCUGUUACAUCAGAUUCUAUUCACAACAGCUGUUUCUGUCGUUUACAUCCAUAUCACAGCAAUGAUCGAAUCCCUGACUGGAGUCUCAAGGACUAAAAGCUCUUUAUCAUUAACUGUGAUCGGAAUAACAAACUUCUCAGGCCGGAUUAUACACGGGGCCAUUGGGGGUUUAAAAACCGUCAACGUUAUGUCCCAAUAUCUAACAUCCUAUGCAGUAUGUGGUUGUGCCUUGUUCAUAUUUCCUCACGUUCCCUAUUAUCCUGCCCUUCUCUUCAUUUGUGGAGUAUUCGGAUUUCUUACUGCCCCCUAUGCAGCGCUUACACAACUAAUCAUAGUUGAAUACGUUGGGGUCGAGAAUCUGAAUUUUAUUUAUGGGUUGUUCCUAUUUUGUUGUGGUGUUGGCCUGAUGGUCGGCGCCCCCGUUGCCGGGGUCUUGUACGAUGUUACACAAGACUACAGUACAUCAAUGUACUUUGGAGGUGCGUGUCUCAUAGUCUGUGUUCUGAUGAUGCUCAAACCGUGGGUGCAAGCAACAUGUGCGCCGAUAGAACGCUUAGAUGAGGUUGAACUGGGUGAGCAAAACACACCAGAAGUUGAGAAGCAGUUAGUUAAUGAACAGAAUGGAUUUAUAACGUGAAGUUUAAAAUACCUAGAACAGUUCUAAGUUGCCAUUGGUCGAAAUUUAAAAUCUGUGAUUUUUGUACAUCUACAUGUAUACUGUAGGAGCAAACCCUUUGAACAUACAGCUCUUCGUACUAGAUCUUGAUAGAUAGAGUGAAGGGGGCCAGUUUGAAAAUCUGUGAUCAUUUUAGAUGUGAAUGUUCAUUGUGAAAGUGGCCUUUGAACAGUCCAUUACAGUGGUUUAUAGUAAAGUAUAACGCUCUUGUAAAGGAAAGCCCUAUUAGUGCUGUUUUGGACAAAUGAGCCUAUCAUUGGGUCAUAUAUCAAGUCAAGCAUGUCCCUGGCACACAGAACAGCAGUAUAUAAUAUAAACCCAAAUACAAUACAAAAAUGGUAUAUGCAGGCACACACCUGUAGAAUAGUACAUUGUAUUGAUCAGAUAGAUGGAGUAGCUUGAGUUGCAUUGUAAAAUAACACACUCCAGCACAUUUAUCAUGGAAAUAUGAAUAUGAAAGGGUCUUUGUUAUUAAAUUUGGCCAACUGUGAUAAGGCCAAACCAAAGUAUAAACAAAAUAUGUGGUUCCCCUUACAUGAGGUGGGAUUGACUGAAGUGUCAUCGUGAAUCGUAUGUAGGGCACUCUUUGGAAAUGAUUUUUUUGUUCUUCAUGUCAUGAAUGACAAGUGAAAAGCGUCAAAUUUGCAUGAUACAACAUGAACUGUGGGAAAUAUUAACGCGGCCAAGUAACUUGACAUGGCGUAAUGGCACGUAACAAUGCAUUGUACACACAUUUGGGUCGAGGAUCUGUUGACAAUGGUGAAGAAUAUUCAAUUCAGGGAUUUGUAAAAAGUAUACUUCCAGCUCAAUUACUAAUGAAACGUAUUGUUAUAAUGGCCUACUUUUAUUGACAAUAUGCACGAAAUUAUGGGAGUCGGUUUCAACAGCAUUUCGAUGCUUUUUCCUGUCAAACUUUCUAUUCAAACGGUGUUGUAAACUGUGUCGAUGUAUUUAAGCCGGUUAUGUUGUGUCUAUUACACAUAGGACAAUUAGAUAAAAUUAACAUAUUGUGUAUUGUUUGAAAUAAUUAAAAAUUUUUGUAUGAAAGAGUUUAUGAUUGAAAUUCAGGACUGCAGGUUUUUUGCCAAUGUUUUUUGUUGAUGCAUGCCUGGAAAAAGAUCUUAUCUACAUGUAAGGAUCUCCGUCUGUCAUAAAUACCUUCCAUUAAAACUUUAUA